ACAAACGGCCAGGCACUGACACUGGAUAAAAGGCAAAAUGGCAGCAGUAUGCGACACAGAAUCUGUUGAAGGACCAUAUUAUCUGGAAAAAGUGUCCAUUCCAGAAGCCUCUGAAGAUGGGUUUGAGUAUGAAGAGAUUAGUGUUGAAGAGGAGAGUGUGACUGAAGAAGAGGAUUUGGAAACUGCAGCUGAAGUUCUGCGUAAUCUUACUAAAGAGUCUGAGUUGGUACCAGAGCGGAUACUUUCCCCACCCCAGAAACUACAAAGCCCCGUCCCUGAAGUUGUGGAUGAUUUUCUUCGCAACUUUCUUGUGAAAACAGGAAUGAGCAAAACAUUAGACUGCUUCCAGAAAGAAUGGUUUGAGAUGCUACAUAAAGGCACGCUCAAAACACACCAGGUGGGAUUGGUGCCUGAUAUAUACACACAAAACCAGCUGCUGGACAACGAGCUGAAAAACGUCCAAAGAGAGCGAGACAGCUACAAGCAGGCUGCCUUCCAAGCUGGAGAGACCAUCGUGAAGCUUCAGAAGGAACGGGAUUUCCAUAGGCUGCAGCAUAAGCGUGUGGUGCAAGAGAAAAACAGAGUGAUCGAGGACAUCCGAAGGCUAAAGAAACACUACGAGUCUUAUAGCCCUGCUUUGAAACAACUGAAUGAGAAGUAUCAGACAGCUCUGAGGCAGAAGAUGUUGGUCAGUAUUGAGAGAGACAGAGUCUCCAGUCAAGUUCAAAACCUAGAUAGUGCUCUGUGUAAUUCAUGCUCCUCCCCUGGAACCCGCAGAUUUCAAAAAGAAAACGAGGUUCACAAUAGCCGUAGUCCAGAGCGAGCUACCAAACCAUCAGUUGAUAAGGUGGCGACUUAUGACCUUGCCAAAGACCCGACUAAGAACACUACUACCAAACAUUUAAAAGAUUCUGAGUUCCCAGCCAGCACACGGAUAAAUCCCUUCCUGCCCCAAAUAAAAGCCCUGUCUGCGCAAAUCACCAAAAUAUCCGGAUUCUCUGUGAAAAAUUACAUCAAAGCCCACACUAUGGCUGUGAGCUAUCUAGCUCUCCAUCCGCGCAAACUGCUUGUAGCUUCUGCAAGUGAUGAUCACCUUUGGAGGCUUUGGGGGAUGCCAGAAGGGGAGAUGAUCAUGACUGGUGAGGGUCAUACUGACUGGCUGUCUUCCUGUAGCUUCCACCCCAGUGGACACUAUUUGGCCACGACCAGUGGAGACACCACAGUGAGGAUCUGGGACUUUGCCAAAUCCUGUUGCGUUCUGACCCUGGAAGGCCACACUCACGCCACCUGGGGAUGUUCCUUCCACUCCUGUGGGGACUUUGUAGCCUCUUGCUCUAUGGACAACACAGGCAAAGUGUGGGACCUUAACAGUGAGCGCUGUCGCUACACGCUGCGUGGCCACAUCGACUCAGUGAACAGUAUUAGCUUUGUGCCCUUCUCUAACAUUCUGCUCACCUGCUCUGCUGAUAAAACCAUUUCACUGUGGGAUGCCCGUGCUGGACUCUGUGCUCAAACGUUCUACGGGCACAGGCACUCGUGCAACAGUGCAACCUUUAACGCUAUGGGAGACAUGAUAGCUUCCUGUGAUUCCUAUGGCAUUGUGAAAUUAUGGGAUGUAAGGAACAUAUCAGCCAUGAUCACCAUGGAUACCGGACCUCACCCUAGCAACCAAGUGGCCUUUAGUCCAAAUGGACAGGUGCUAGCAGUCGCAAGCAACGAUCAUGAGGUGAAGCUGGUGGAAGUGGCGUCUUCACAUGUGUCCAGUCUUUUAGGACACAAUGAUGCUGUUCAGAGUGUUAUUUUUGACCAUAAAGGAGAAUACCUUUUAUCUGCUGGAUAUGAUGGUGAAAUUUUUAUCUGGUCAUAAUAUUUGAAAUGAUUGUUAAUAAAAUAUGUAUGAUCCCCAAUAUUGUAUGUAUAGUUAACCAAAAAGGUACUCCAUUUGGAGUUUACAGUUUAAUAAAAAUGUACUAAAAUAAGCAGUUUCCCUCAAACAUUCCUAAAUAUGGAUUCAGCUGAUGUAGAAAUACACAAGAUUUAAAUACAAU